AUGUCGAAACCGUUCUUCUUCUCCCAGCCAUUCCGCUACAUGCGAUGGGCUUCGUAUGAAAAGCCAGCCAUCUUCUACUCGCUCGUCAUCGGCUCUCUCGGUCCUGUAGCGCUCUUCACGCUGCCUCCAAUCCGACGAUACUUCGGUGAUGUCGACCCCGCGGAAGUGCCCUUCUCAUAUCCAGGUACGCUCCACGCCCUCACGAUCAUUCGUCUCAUCACUCCUGCACUUAAUAAGAAAGAACGCUGA